AGUACGCAGCCAGAAUUAAGAGCAAAACCAACUCACGAAACCUCCUUCAUUCCUUAAGGAAAAUGUGUGAUGAUACCUUAAAGAGCAACUAUCAUCUCUGUGAAGAGAUCGGCCGAGGAAGAUUUGGCACGAUCUCUCGUUGUUUUUCACCCAUCAAGAACGAAUUCUUUGCUUGCAAAUCUAUCGACAAGAAUCUCCUUAAUGACCCAACUGACCGUGAGUGUCUUCAAAACGAAGCAAAGAUUAUGUCCCUCUUGUCUCCCCAUCCAAACAUUGUCCAACUCUUCGAUGUCUACGAUACUGAAGAUUCUCUUGACAUGGUAUUAGAGCUUUGCCAGCAGUCUACUCUUUAUGAUCGUUUAAUGAAGAGUAGUAAUGACGGGUUAAGCGAAGGCAGGUGUGCGUCGAUAAUGAAACAAUUAUUGACUGCAAUAGCGCAUUGCCAUAGAUUUGGUAUUGUGCACAGAGAUAUUAAGCCGGAUAACAUAUUGUUUGAUGAGAUGAACCGGGUCAAGUUGGCGGAUUUUGGGUCCGCUGAUUGGGUUGGGGAGGAGGGGACGUUGAGUGGGGUGGUGGGUACCCCGUAUUAUGUGGCGCCGGAGGUGGUGAUGGGGAGAGAUUAUAAUGAGAAAGUUGAUGUGUGGAGUGCCGGUGUCGUUUUGUAUGUUUUGUUAGCUGGAUUUCCGCCGUUUUAUGGGGAGACUGCUGAGGAGAUUUUUCAGGCUGUUGUUAGAGGGAAUUUGAGGUUUCCUCCUAAGGUUUUUAGAAAUGUUUCCCCGGAAGCUAAGGAUCUGUUGAGGAAGAUGAUUUGUAGAGACGUUUCUAGGAGAUUUUCAGCUGAGCAAGCUCUAUGGCACCCAUGGAUCUUGAGUGGAGGAGACUAGGAGAGGCAGUCUCAAUGGACUAAUCUGCCCUUGUAAAAAUCCAAUAAAAUACCCCUCAAAGCAAGGAUUGCUAAUAGCUUAUCACUGUGUAGUGAGUGUGUACAUACAACCGCCUAUCAAGCCCCCAAGAUGCUAACUUUGCCUUGUGCAGCACAAAACCCUAUGGUGAAUACUUCCAGAAUUUCAGUUUUUUCCAAGCCAGAGAUGGAGGAUAGAGGCUGAGAGAGAUGGACAAAACAAACAGUCACCUGACGUUACUCAUGAGGCUCUGAUGCAAAGGACUGUGGCCUUGUUUUUUUGUUUUUUGCCUUUGUUUAUGCUAUAAAGAGAGAGCCUGUAGAUAGUUAAGAAGAAAAAGGUUGAGAAUCCCGUCUUUCCCCUCCUUUGCUUUUUUUGAAAAUUCAAGGAAGUGAGAAAGCUAGAGGAAGUUUGUACUAUUACUGCUUUAAUAUGUUAUGCCUACUUACCUUUAUUCUCA